UUGUGUGCGACGAGUCAGUGUCUGGCUGGUGCGACGCUGCUGCAGUCUGUCUAUCGAUUCCGAGUCCGAGAAAUCGAUUUCGAGAGCGAACGACUCGUCCUGAACACUGAACCAAACUACGCGUUCGAGCCGCGCGCCCUUCCAACCAACCGUGUGACCGAGUCUGAGUGCGAAAAUUACAAAGUGUGCCCAAAAAGCAAAUAAAACAAAGAAAAACAUAACAAUAACAAAAACACACGAGCAACGCGCUUUGCUCCUGAUAUAUUUUGUGCGAAAUCCGAACAGAAACAACUUGCAAUAUUCAAGGCCCCAACCGAGCCGUUAAAGCCAAAAGCCCCGUGAUCUACGCUCAAAGGCAGCCACUGUGCCAUUCUUUCUCAAAAGGAUUACAAAAACGCUAGGGAUUAACACUGACUAAAGAAAGAGACACCAAAAGAUCAACAAACCUGAGAAGAAAGCAGCGAGGAACACGAACAGAGACGAGCAGCAGCAAAAAUUCAAAACAAAACGAUUGGCUGUAUCAGGCACCAAUUCGGCGCACCGACAGACACACGGCUAUAUAAUCGAACAGAUUUAUAUAGCAGCAGUAAAAUGGGACAUUAUACGCGACACAGUUGCCUCUUGGCCUUAGUCUUGUGCCUGGUAUUCAACACACAGCAUCUCUCGGUUCACGGCGAUGCCUCACACAUUGAAUCCGCCGCACUGCCACUGGAACACAGAGCGGGCUACGGACCGCCAGCGCCAUCGCCCAUUUAUGGCGCACCACAAGGCCCGCUGAGCACUGGCGCCACCAACGAUCUGUCCGAGGAGGCCUGGCCGCUGGCCAGCACCAAUGACAGUCCACAGAUCAAGCAUCUGCAGGUGCAGUGCGAGAAGACGCACAUGCGGGUGAACAUUGAGUUCGAUAGGCCCUUCUAUGGCAUGAUCUUCUCCAAGGGCUUCUACAGCGAAUCCCACUGCGUGCACAUGCAGCCGGGCACUGGCCAUUUGAGCGCCACCUUUGAGAUCUUCCUGAACAGUUGCGGCAUGAGCAGCUCGGCCAAUCAUAAUGCGGCUGGUUAUGGUGCACCGACGCCCUCGGGUAGCUAUGUGGAGAACACGAUCAUUAUUCAGUACGAUCCGUAUGUGCAGGAGGUGUGGGAUCAGGCACGCAAGCUGCGCUGCACCUGGUACGACUUCUACGAGAAGGCAGUUACCUUCAGGCCCUUCCAGGUGGACAUGUUGCAUGCGGUAACAGCCAACUUCCUGGGUGAUAAUCUUCAGUGCUGGAUGCAGAUUCAAGUCGGCAAGGGCCCAUGGGCCUCUGAGGUGUCAGGCAUUGUGAAGAUCGGACAGACCAUGACCAUGGUGUUGGCCAUCAAGGAUGAUGAAAACAAGUUCGAUAUGCUGGUGCGCAACUGUGUUGCCCAUGACGGCAAACGUGCUCCCAUUCAGCUGGUGGACCAAAACGGCUGCGUUGUCCGACCCAAGAUCAUGAGCAAAUUCCAGAAGAUCAAGAACUUUGGUCCUUCUGCAUCGGUGGUCAGCUUUGCUUACUUCCAGGCCUUCAAAUUCCCCGACUCGAUGAACGUGCACUUCCAGUGUGUGAUCCAAGUGUGCCGCUACAAUUGCCCAGAGCCGAAGUGCGGUCCCGGCCUGCCUGGCGGUGAAUAUGGACUGCCCCAGAUAGGCGGCAAUGCGCUCUCCGAGGAAUAUGGUCCACCAGAGGCCUACGAACGCAACGAUUUCCCAUUGGGUGGCCUCCCACCAGCAGCUUACCCCGAUCCACGUCAUCCUGCUGAUGCCAGCGGCGCCUAUUCCGAGAAUCAGCCCGAUGUUGUGCCCUCGCCGCAGGCGCAAACCUCAGCCGUAACGACAGCCGAGUCGGGAGCUAAUGCGGGCAGCGGUCCAGCCAGUUCACAGGCGCCACAACAGCAGCAGGGCAAUGGCAACAGCAACGAGUUGGGUCUGCCGCCACCACCGCUGCCUGGCCAGCCCGGUCAAUAUAGUACCGUCAAGCGCAAGGAUGAUCUGAGCGCUGGUGGCAAUCUGGUUUCGCUGGGCGGCCGUCCACGCUCCGUCGAGGGUCUGGAUGAUUUGCGCGGCGUGCGCCGGCGUCGCGACACCAUGGAGAUUGUGGUGAAGCCGCGCAUCUACAAACGCAACGCACAGGAAAUGACCGACGUGAACACGAGUCGCAUCAUACAGGUGGUGGCGCCCGGUGACGUUAACUUUGCGCUGAACAGCAAUGCCAGCAACGAGACGGUUGUCAUACAGUCGGCGCGCUCCGCCGAUGCCGAGACCAUUUGCAUGUCCGUGCCCAGCUUUGUGGGCGGCCUGGUGAUGCUGCUGCUCGUCCUCGCUGUGGCCUCUCUAGUCGCCGCCUUCCUCUUUGUGCGAGUGCGCCACUUCGAUCGCAAGGGCGCGGGCAUGGCCUAUGUCAACUAAGUAGAAGGCAAUUCACACACACGCGCACACACACGCACACACACACACUAGGUAUCCACGGCACCAUCAUCAGCACGGCGUGAACAGAAAACCAAAUCAGUUUUAUGUGCACUUAUCUUCAUCCCGUCACCUCACUCACUAACUAUUUACUUAUUUAUUUAUGCCACCCUUUUCAC